AGGGUGAGAAGAAGACUGAGAGGGAGGGACAGGGGGAGGGGCAACUGGACCCAGCGUGAAAGCAAGAGUUCAAGUCCACCCCUUAAACUAUAGCGUUACUUCCCCACGAAGCGUCAUUCACCAUUCUGCUUUCCUGCAAAACAGAGAGGUACAUUAGAGGCAAAGAAAGGGAUAUAAAGGGAGAGAUUGAGAAAGAAAGAAAGAAAGAAAGAAAGAAAGAAAGAAAGAAAGAAAGAAAGAAAGAAAGAAAGAAAGAAAGAAAGAAAAGAUAGAAGAAAGAAAGAUAUAGAUGCUCUGGAGAAACACCAACAAGGAGAUAGAGGGGAGAGAUAGAGGGGUAGAGAAAGGGAGGCAGAGAGAAAGACAGGAAGAUGACAAAAAGAGUGAUAUAGUGGACAGAAAGGUGAAGGAGGGAAGGAAGUAGUAAAGAGGAAGUAGAGAAGAGGAAAAGACAGGGGAAGUGGAGGAGGCGGAAGAGGUGAGCAAGAGGAGGAGGAGGAGGAGGAGGAGAGCAAGAGGAGUAGGGAGGAGGGAGGAGGUAAGCUGUAGACACAGAGAGCAAACACACACCAGAGGUAUCAAGAGGAAACUGUGUGGGAGCAAGAGAAGAGGGUGGACGUAGUGGCUCCAGACAAAGAAAAGCGAUAAAUCAGAGGUGUCCAGAAAGUGACUUGUGGUGAUAGCAUCAUCAUCAGGAAUCCUGUCAGGAGGAAACUGUGUGGUGGUGGUGGUAGUGGUGGUCGUGGUGGUGGUGGCAUCAUGGAGUGCAUGGAGAGUGCGGUGUCGUGGUGCAGCUGGGCCUUCAUCGUCGGUGGCCUGGCGUACUUCUUCGCGGACCGGCGGACAGUGGGCCCCUACGGCAGAUACGUGGUGCCCGGUGAGGACGUGUGGAUGGUUCCCGCUCAGCUGGGCUGGUUUCUGCAGGAGCUCCCAGCAUUCCUGGUGCCUGUGGUACUCACCGUUACCACGGAAACACAACCCGGCUGGGGCAAGACCUUGCUGCUGUGCACCUACUGUCUGCACUACUUCCAGAGGACCUUCGUGUACUCCUUGCUGAUUCACAGUAAGCCGAUGCCUCUCCGCACCGUCAGGUCCGCCAUGAUCUUUUGCUCCCUGUGUGGAGCUCUGCAGGGACACCAGCUCUUACACUGCGCCCAGUACCACGACACCUGGCUGACAGAUAUACGGCUAACUACAGGGUUGCUGCUUUUCUUCUCGGGCAUGGCCGUCAACAUCCACAGUGACCACAUCUUACGUGGCCUGAGGAAACCAGGAGAGACCUCCAACUACAAAAUACCCAGAGGUGGCAUGUUUGAGUACGUGUCUGGGGCGAACUUCCUGGGGGAGAUCGUGGAGUGGUACGGCUUCGCCAUCGCCACCUGGUCCCUCCCAGCCUUCUCCUUUGCAUUCUUCACCAUGUGCUCCAUCGGGCCAAGGGCAUGGUACCACCACAGGUUUUACAUCGAGAAGUUCAGUGACUACCCUACCACAAGAAAAGCUCUCAUACCAUUCAUCUUUUGACCACUGCGGUCAGAGAAGAAUACCCACCACGUUGCCAUUGACAGUCUUAAUUUCAAUAUAAAUAAGGUUUUACAUACUACAUUCAUAAUUUCAAUAUAAAUUCAUUAUUUUAUGCAUCGCUGUUGUACCACUUGUUUUGUACCACUUUUUUAUUGUUAUUUAAAAAGGGAAAUUGAGCCAAUCGGCACUGAAUGUGAGCAGCACUACACACAUACAGUAGCUUGGAUAACUGAUUUAGCUCAGAUUUGUUUUACUGUUAUAUUACAUUUUAUGACGCUGAAGAAGGCUUAGGCCGAAACGUCUGUCUGUCUGCCACGCUAACACAGUAUUAAAACUGCAAGAACCUCAUCCGGGAAUGUGGAUUUUUUACUAAAUAUAAACUUUGCUGUUUGCUCGCACCCGAAGACUUUGUAAGAAAUUUUGGGAGUUGACGGCGCUUUCUCUAAAAAAAGAAUAUUACAUUUUUUUUUUAAAUAAAACUUUGAGGUUU